GACUGGAGUUAGUGUGCAGGAGAGUGUAGACAGCAUCAGCUACACCACAAGGUACAUCGAUCCAAGCGCGACGCUAGCCUCGUGCUGCCAAGCUGAUUCGAUUGACGUGCCUCGACAGUCACAUCUGACUGUCAUCCUACUUCGUAUUUCAUUGGCCACGCAUCUCCUAUAGAGCACCCACAAUCACUAUGACCGGUCAACGUUCCAUCAUGGCCAGCGCCACCACAGCCUUGCUCGUACUCGCCACAUCGCAUCACGCUCACGCUCAAUCUAGCUCACUCAAUUCAGCUCAACUCUCUUCAUCCGCUUCCGCAGAAGCUGCCUCUGGUACCAUCCUCACCGAUAAGCGUUUCACCUAUCCCGGAGGUGUGCCCUACAUGGUCGACGUCUCCGACGGUCCCAGAGGCAUCCAAACCGGCUACAAUCUCUGCAAUUCGACGACAGAAGGCCCCAGCUCGAUGUGCCAAACUGCUUUCAUGACUUCCGUCGAUGAUUUCUGUCUGUGGGGACCGCCAACGCCUAAUUCGCUGGUCGCAGACGACGAGGGCGAGAUGGUCGCAUGGUGCACCAAACCUGGCCGCGGCACGCGCAUCAUUCCAGAUGGUGCCAUCAAAGGCAUCCAGUUCCUCACGGCACCAGACUACAUUCAGAUCACUGGCACGUUCGAUCAGACACUCAUCGAUAUGGCAGCGAACGACACCGGUGGCGAGCUCGACCCACAUGGGGCCGACCAACGUGGCAAUCCCCUUGGUGGCCUCGUCUUUUCACAAGCUUUUAGCAACACCAGCAACAACAAUGCCUUCAUACAGGUCAUCGAGUACCACAAUUUCGUGGGGUCAAAUAGCUUCUGUUUCAAAGCAUGCAACCCGGCCUCAAGCAACGACGCCUCGCUCUGCAAUCACAUCUACGACCGCAUCGGCGCAGCGUAUAACUGCAUCGCACAGUAUCCUCAGAAUGAGUUCCUAUCCUGCGAGUCCGACAACCAACUUCCACCGGGCGUCUACGUAUCUGACGGACAAACGAUGACUUACACUCAGCCAGCCGAAUCGCUCGGAGCUAUCAGCACGAUCCCGUUCACGCCCGUCCUGCCGUCGUCGUCGAAUUGUCAGACGCUCACGAGCUCACUCAUCUUCACGGCUGCCGCGUCGGCCGCAGCAUCCUCCAGCAGCGCCAGUGCUGCGUCUGCCUCGUCCGCCAGCGCUGCAAGCGCCGCUAGCGCCUCAUCCGUCGCGGCCACGCGAUCCUCUGCUAGCUCUGCUCAGGCCACCGCCACGGCAACGAUGGGCACGUCGAGCUCAUCGAGCUCAAACACCGGCAGCAGCGGUACCGGAUCGACAUCGACCACUGGCGCGGCCGCUAAAGCCGGCGUCUCGCCUCUCCUGAUCACUGCCACUGUAGCGACAGGCCUGAUCGGCAUCAUGGCACUCUUGUGCUAAUAACGCUUCACGCACACUUUUAUGGACUUUUCGCUCUGUAGCUCGCAAUGCAGACAUUCAUUACGGUACAUCCGGCUGACUGCUCAUUCCUGAUCAGUCUGUCCUGCCUCUUCUGCCUCU